CGCUAGAUAAUCGCUAUUUUAGGUGGUGACAGACGCCUUGAUAUUUAAUAUGUCCUCAAAGCAAUAUUCGUAUGUGGAGGUCCAGUUUAUAUCGUAACAUUAAAAUUAAAUAUAGUGGUAAUAAAUAGUGUACAUUUUAGUGAAGUGUGUUUGUACAUAACACUUGUUCAGUUUCGUGGGAAUGUUGCACAAUACAAUUGGUUCCAGCAAUUUACGAACAUCAUUGAAAAAUGGCAGAGGUAGGAUUCCCUGGGCAGCACACCACUACAACGACUGUGACCUCCAGUACCACGGUGCAGACCAACCUGAGGUUUGACCCACAAUACCUCAAGACCGUACCAGGCAUCCUGAAAGUUGUUCAAGUUGCCAGCAGCUUUCUAGGCUUCAUCUGCAUCAUGUGCUCGCAAUUGAGCUUCAUAAGAAAAGCGACCUACUUCUGCUGGAUCUCCAUGAUCGCCUUCUGGUUCACCGGCAUCCUGCUGGGAUUCUACCUGUUCCACAUGGUGGAGAAGUUCUACAAGAUCCCGUGGCUGAAGAUAGAGUUUGGCUUCUGUUCCAUCUGGACGCUGCUGUACCUGAUCGCGGCCAUACUGGCCACGACUGUGCACGACAACCCUCAUUCUGCCGCGGCGUUCUUCGGGUUCGUGGCGACGGCGGCGUACGCGGCGGAUGCCUUGUUGAAGUGGCGGGCGGUUCGCGCGGGCGGGCUGGCGCAGGGCACGCGCGUCGUGUCCAAGCAGACCACCUCCACCGUCGAGUCGCCGCCGCCGCGCGUCGGAUACUAGGCCGCCCGCCAGGUACGCUGCACUGCACGACCACGCGGCCACUGCUGUUGCCAGUCAUUUUAGUUUCUAACUGACGUAAUACUUUAAUAACAACAAAAUAAAUCGUACUUAUGUGCACGUAAAUACCUUAUUGUAAACUAUUUUAUAAUAAAACCGAUGCGUCUUAGUUUAAAAAAAAAAAUCUAUGUUAUUACUUGAGAGCGUUCAUAACACGUUGAGCCCGGCGCCGAAUUUGCUGUCCUUUCCGUUCAACCGGCAGCCGGCGAGAGAUAUAAUGUUGUAUGAUAUCGCCAAGAGAUUACUUUAGUACUAAUGAGAUAAGGAACUCUUUGUCGCGCUAUUUUGGACGUUUUUUAGGUGUAUGUGCAAUGUACACGGAAAAUUCUAGUGCCGGUCCCCAGGGACCGACGCUGGCCACACGGAAAGUUCGCUGCCGGUCCACAGGGACCGGCACCGAGCCCAACGUGUUAAGCUCACCAAAGUGUGGCAAAGUGGCAAUGGUAUGUCAGUUUAAAAAAAAAUUAAAAAUUUUCAUUACGUCUUUGCCAUGUUUUGUUAUGAACAUUAACACUUAAAUAUCUUUUUUUAUAUUUUUUAAACAUGUAUUUCUACACUCUUAUAUGGAGUAAGUGUUUUUUAAUGGAUGAUUAAUGGAAUGGUAACCCCGCCUGCGCUGUCGGUAUACGCUGGCGGGGCACCAGUGAGGGGUGAUAGGUGAAUAAUGAAAAAAGGCAGGUCAGUUAGCCCAUCGUGACGAAUUCAACGAUAAAUCAGUCACGUUAGUUUCCAGAGGGAACCGCGUGGAGGUCGACCUGAUAGGGUAUAUUGAUAGCAAUGGGGACUGACCUCCAUAUUACUAACAAUCCCUUUCGUGUUAGGGGUAUUGUCACACCUGUGAUAAAAAAAAGAAAAUUAUUUCUCAUUGGGCUUGACCCCUUUGUUUUUCGAACGACAAUAAAAAGUGUUAAAGAGAAUUUUGUAUUUAAUUUCAUUAUUAAACCAGCAACAAGGUAAUAACCUAGUAAAACUAAUAAUAAAUAAAUAAAUAAAUAAUUAGCAAUUUUUUUUUAAAUUAUUUAACGUUCGCUAUGUUUAAGUGAUAAUUCAUAAAAAUAAUUUUCAUUUAUUAUUUUUUACUAUUAUUAUUAAA